GUCGCCCCCUCCCGGCUGUCCAAACCAAGUUUACCCGCUGGCAGCCUGGCUGUUGUGUUUGGAAAAGUCUGGAAGAGUUCUCACCGUGUCGGACGUCCCAGCUCUCCGUUAAUGGCUUCUCCUCUUCUUUGACUCCCGGUUGGACCGUUGGUGGAUUUAAUACUGAUUUCUGGGGAUUUGACUAACUUUGGUGGUUCAUGGCGCUUUUCACCCCGGACGUGGUCUUGUCCUGCGGUGCCAGGCCAGCAACAUCGUCUCCUUGUCGCUCGGAAGGAGAUAAAUGCAGUUGUUAGGUGGCUCCAUGUAGGCCCAACGGGGAACUUCUGCUGUUUAAAGGAGAUAAAAGAGGUUCCAUGUAGGCCUAACACGGGGCUUGUGGUGAACUGCUGCUGCUCAAGCCAACUAUGUCGGGAGUGGUCCGCACCUUGAGCCGCUGCCUGCUGCCCGCCGAGGCCAGCCGGGAGCCCGGCGGCAGUAAGGAGAGGAGCCGGGGCAGAGACGCGGCGCAGGAGCGGGAGGCGCGUCGUCGGAGCCGGGAAAUCGACGCCAUGUUAGCCCGGGAAAGGAGAGCCGUGAGGCGGCUGGUGAAAAUCCUCCUGCUCGGGGCGGGAGAAAGCGGGAAGUCGACUUUUCUCAAGCAGAUGCGCAUCAUUAACGGACAGGAGUUUGACCAAAAAGCACUUCUGGACUUCCGGGACACUAUUUAUGAAAAUAUAUUGAAGGGCAUGCGCGUGCUGGUGGACGCCCGGGACAAGCUGGGCAUCAGCUGGCAGAGCUGCGAGAACGAGAAACAAGGCAUGCUGGUGAUGUCGUGGGAAGGACGGGUGGGCGGCGCCGGGGUGGAGCCCGGCGAGUUCCAGCUGUACGUGAUGGCGCUGAGCGCACUGUGGGCCGACGCCAGCGUACAACAAGCCUACGCGCGACGCUCCGAGUUCCAGCUGAGUGAGUCGGUCAAAUACUUCCUGGAUAACUUGGAGCGCAUUGGUCAACUGAGCUACACCCCCAGCAGGCAGGACAUCUUGUUCGCCAGGAAGGCCACCAAAGGCAUCGUGGAGCACGACUUUGUCAUCAAGAAGAUCCCCUUCAAGAUGGUGGACGUGGGCGGGCAGAGGUCGCAGAGGCAGAAGUGGUUCCAGUGCUUCGACGGCAUCACGUCCAUCCUCUUCAUGGUGUCCUCGUCCGAGUACGACCAGGUCUUGAUGGAGGACCGGCGCACCAACCGCCUGGUGGAGAGCAUGAACAUCUUUGAGACCAUCGUCAACAACAAGCUCUUCCUCAACGUCUCCAUCAUCCUCUUCCUCAACAAAACGGACUUGCUGGUGGAAAAGAUUCGCAGCACCGACAUCCGCAAGAACUUCCCAGAGUUCCGAGGGGACCCGCGGCGGCUGGAGGACGUGCAGGCGUUCCUGGUGCAGUCGUUCAGCCGCAAGAGGAGGAACCGUGGCAAGCCUCUGUUCCACCACUUCACCACGGCGGUGGACACGGAGAACAUCCGCUUCGUCUUCCAUGCCGUCAAAGACACCAUCCUGCAGGAGAACCUGAAAGACAUCAUGCUGCAGUAGUUAGUGUAGUCACACAACCCAGCAGCCAUUCAAAGUGUCUUGUGGGACUAAACACGCCUGACCUGAGACCACGCCUCGGUCUGGUCUGGUCUGGUCUGGUCUCGUGUGUCACUCAACUAAAGCCGGGAGAGGAAUGAGACGAGGAUCUGUCCUAGACGGGAAGUGUACCAUUUUUCUACCACUCACAAUCCUAAUGUGAGACAAGAACACACCUUUUUUAUUUUUGCAUUCUAAAUCCUAAAUAAAUGCUAGCAAAAGUCAUCUUACAAUAGAGGUAAUGGGCGCCCCUAUAAAGCAUAUUAUAUAUAUAUAUAUAUAUAUAUAUAUAUAUAUAUAUAUAUAAAAUGCAGCAACAUGCAUGCCAUAUUUAAGCACAGGAUGGCGUGUUCAACAACAACACCACUACCACUACCACUACUACUACUAUCACUAUUAUGGCAGACAACCAUUACUUUGACACAAAUGAUCCAAAAACACUUUUCUCUUUUCACGUUAACAUUUGCCAUACAAAACUGUCGUAACGCAUCGAUUAGUUCCAGAUGCAAUAACACUUCCCUCACCAUUGUUCUCCUGUGACAAAAGCUUAAAAGAACACAUUUAUUGAAGGUCUGCUGUUGUGUUGAAAGCAAUUGUCGCUGUUCCAAACAAGUAUUUGAAGCACACCCCAGUGACUUCUGAAAUUGAUUAGUGACUCUGCCCUCUACUGGACGGGUGUGCACAUGACAUUGCAGAGAUCAGUCGCAAACAUUCCCUUAAGACAGGGGUGUCCAAACUUUAUCCACUGAGGGCCGCACAGGGAAAAAUUUAAGCACGCGGGGGCCAUUUUGAUCUUUUUUAUUUUAAAAAACAAUACAAUAUACCAGGGAUAGAGAACCUGUGGCUCUUUUGAUGACUGCAUCUGGCUCUCAGAUAAAUCUGAGCUGACAUUGCUUAACACGAUAAGUAAUGAAUAGUUCCGCUGGUAAUCACAGUGUCAAAAAUAACGUUCAAAAUAUAAAACAUUUUCGUGCAUUUUAAUCCAUCCAUCUGGUUUCUACCGCACCUGUUCAAGAAGUAGCAUUAAUGGUAAGAAGUACUUUAUUUAAUGUUGGUUAGCUUCAUAAUAACAAUGUUAUUAAAAAAAAUAAGGGACUUAUUACACUCUAAAAAUGUUGGUCUUACUUAAAAAUGCAUGCAUUUAGUUGUAUUCAGUCUUAAAAAAAAUAUUAUAUGGCUCUCACGGAAAUACAUUUCAAAAUAUUUGGCUUGUAUGGCUCGCUCAGCCAAAAAGGUUCCCAACCCCUGCAAUAUAUGUAUAAAAAAUUAUACAUUUGGGCCUCCACUCAGGCUUGAUCCCGGGGAUUACAGUAAAAAUGUGUCAAUAUUCAGUAUUUUUAUUAUUAUUCAAGUUUUAAAUCUCUAGACCAGGGGUCACCAAGGGGGUGCCCGCGGGCACCAGGUAGCCCGUAAGGACCAGAUGAGUCGCCCGCUGGCCUGUUCUAAAAAUAGCUCAAAUAGCAGCACUUACCAGUGAGCUGCCUCUAUUUUUUAAAUAGUAUUUAUUUACUAGCAAGCUGGUCUCUCUUUGCUGGAUUUUUUUAUUUUAAGAGAGACAAAACUCAUAGAAUUUGAAAAUCCAAGAAAAUAUUUUAAAGACUUGGUCGUCAGUUGUUUAAAUAAAUUAAUUUUUUUACUUUGCUUCUUAUAACUUUCAGAGAGACAAUUUUAGAGAAAAAAUACAAACUUAAAAAUGAUUUUAGGAUUUUUAAACACAUACCUUUUUACCUUUUAAAUUCCUUCCUCUUCUUUCCUGACAAUUGAAAUCAAUGUUCAAGUAAUUUUUUUUUUUGUAAAGAAUAAUAAAUACAUUUAAUUUUAGCUUCUGUUUUUUCAGCGAAAAAUAUUUGUGGAAUAUUUCUUUAAACUUAUGAAUAAAAUAAAAAAAAUAUAUAUUCCAGAAAAUCUGUAGAAUCAAAUUUAAAUCUUAUUUCAAAGUAUUUUGAAUUUCUUUGAAAAUUUUUGUUCUGGAAAAUCUAGAAGAAAUAAUGAUAGUCUUUGUUAGAAAUAUAGCUUGGUCCAAUUUGUUAUAUAUUCUAAAAAAGUGCAAAUUGGAUUUUAACCUAUUUAAAACAUGUCAUCAAAAUUAUAUAUUUGUGAGAAAUCAUUAAGAUGAUCAGUUUUUCCACAAAGAUAAAUAUAAUUAAUUAUUAAUAAUAGAAAUAAAGGUAAAUUGAGCAAAUUGGCUAUUUCUGGCAAUUUAUUUAAGUGUGUAUCAAACUGGUAGCCCUUGGCAUUAAUCAGUACCCAAGAAGUAGCUCUUGCUUUCAAAAAGGUUGGUGACCCCUGCAAUAGAUCAAAAUUAGGUCCAUCUGUCAAUAUAAUGAUGUAUAAGAUUUAAGUUGUAUGUUCUUUUUGUCAGAAAAAAAACUUUUUUUUUUUUUAAUGGAAAAAUCACAAAAUAUGCAAUAUCUUCCCCCAAUAAUUUUUUUUAAGCGGAAUAUUUGAGAUUAUAUAAUUGGAGCAUUAAAAAGGUCAAAUAACUCAUAACACCAUUGAUUUUGAUUAAUUAUUAUUUUUGAGCAAUGACAUUAAAACACACUAAAAUUACUGGGGAUCCAAAAAAGUCACUCAUUAAAGCGUUAGAAAAUAAAUUAUAAUUUUUUUUUACUUUUAACAAUAAUCUUGAGAUCAACUUCAGAUCUAUCCGUCAACUAUAAGUUUUAUUGUUUGUUUUUUUGUUCAUUUUAGGCCCAAAAACAGCUCAGUUUUUUAUAUGGCAAACACAAAAUUUGCAACAUUUUCCCCCAAAAAUAUGUCAAAGUGGAAAAUUUUACAUGAUGUAAUUGGAGCCUUGAAUUGGUCAAUAAUUCAUAAUGACAUUGAUUUUGAUUCAUUAUUAUUUUUUAAAGAAAUAAACAGCCUGCAUGGCAGCUUUGUGUUAUUAGAGUAAACAUUGCAACAUUUUCUUGUUACAUUUCACCUGUUUGCUCCUAAUUUUUACGUUUUAAACAUUUUUCAAAUCGUAUUUUUAAAAUGUGCCGUGGGGCCGUUAGUAAAUUACCUGCGGGCCGCACUUUGGACACCCCCGCCUUAAGACUUCGUCCUCCUCUCCCCACACUCCAAAACAAGAUGUUCACACAUUAAAAUGUCAAAUAUCAAUAUUUUAAGUAUUUUUAAACAUAUUCUUAAUAUCAGUUAUAUGUUUUCAUUGCUUCAUUGAUGUCUACUUUGUAGGGGAGGGAAUCUUUGGGCACCUAAAGAUCCGAUCGGAUUCCCAAGUGACGAUUUGAUUCUGAAUGGAUUCUCGCAAUGUGUUGUCUGUUGUCCAUCCAUCCAUAUUCUACCGCUUGUCCCUUUUGUAAUCGUUUUAAUGAAACUUUUUCAGAAGAGGUUAUAAAAGCUUGGUUGCAUGGAGAUGGUUUAAAAACGGCUUAAAAAUUGCUAUCAAAAUUUUUUAAAAUUACCUUAUUUCCUUGAAUUGCCGCCGGGUAUAUAGUAUGCGCCUGUCUAGAAUUACUGCCGGGUCAAACUCGUUUUGCAAAAUAAUUAGCGCAUGCUUAGCAUUACCGCCGGGUCAAACUCUUUUCGCAAAAUAUUAUUUUUAUUAGCGCAUGUCUAGAAUUUCCGCCGGGUCAAACUUGUUUCGCCAAAUAAUUAGCAUAUGCCUAAAAAUUUCCACCCGGUCAAACUCGUUUCGCCAAAUAAUUAGCAUAUGCCUAGAAUUUCCGCCGGGUCAAACUCGUUUCGCCAAAUAAUUAGCAUAUGCCUAGAAUUUCCACCGGGUCAAACUCGUCACGUCACGAGUGACACUUCACCUGUUGUCAUUUUUUAAAUGGAGGAGGCGGAUAUCAAUCAUUUGAAAUCGCAUAAAGGGAAGAAGAUUAAGAGCUAUUCAGUAGGAUUUAAGGUCCAAGCUAUUGAAUAUGCUAUAAAGAACAGUAAACAGCUAUGUUUUAUUAAUAUACCGUAGCUGCGUGUGUCAAAUAUGAGUCAUUAAAUGACUCCCCCCUCCUGGUGGUAGAGGGCGCUAGUGAUCCUUCUUGCGACUACUCGGCUGCAGAAGAAGUGACAACAAGCAGCAAGAGUGAGCAGAGAUUGUUUAUUUUUUCCCUCUCACUUGCACUUUUAACAUGGAGGAUUACAUAUCUAAAAUAAAACAGUUUUCUAAACUGGACUUUCAAUCCAAGCAGGAGGUAAUAAAGGAAGAUCUCCAUCGAGACAGAGAGACUUUUAAAACUGAAGAAAGAUAAGGAAGACUUCUAUAAACAAGUUAUCGAUGCUUUUGAUCAGAAGGAGCUGUGCAUGGAAUUCCUUUAUAAGUAAAGGUAAGACCAUAACGGGUUUUUUUAAUUAAAUGUGCUUUUUAUGACGGUAUCCUUACAUCACACUCAAAUUUAUAAGUGCAGGCCUAAAUUUACCGCAUGCCUUUGGUAAGCGCCGGAGUGAGAAGAGGGUUUAAAAUAAUUAGCGCCCGGCAGCAAUUCAAAGAAAUACGGUAAUAGAAAAUGUUAUUUUUUUUCAACAUUUUUUGGGAUGAAGUGGCUGGGCAGAGGAAGGUCUGCGCUUCCCUGCUUAGGCUGCUGCACCCGCGACCCCACCUUGGAUAAGCAGAAGAUGGGUGGAUGGACAAUUUUUUUAAUCAACUUUUCAAAAUUGAAACGAGAAUUAAAAAAAAUAUAUAUAUAUAUAUUUACCGUUUUUUGAUCAAUGGAUUUAGAAUCGUAAUGUCACGUUUCGGAUGUGAAUCCAUUUUUCGUGCUACUCUGCAUAAUUGUCGUUCUGUCCUAGCGACACACGGCCAUAGACGCCCACAAUGUAUCCCACUUGGCAUCUUCUGGAUGUUCCUUAGGUGUUGCAAGGAGUCUUUUAUUUCAAGUGUUCCACUCUUCCCCGACCCGAGCUGUAACGGUGUGAAGGGUUAUUGAGCACUUCCACAUUGUUGUUGUUGUUACUAGCACUCUGUUGGAAGUGUAAUUGAUGUUACUUCCUGUAUAUAGAAUAUUUCUAACAUGUCUGUCACUGCGUGUGAGCCGCACCACUCCUAACUAAAUGUACCACUAACACGCCUUCAUGCCGCCACACGGCGCCGGAAGACAAGAAGAAGGACAAAACGCGGUAGGGGGACGAUAAAAAGAGCCGGACGAGGACAGGAUGGAGGUUGUUGUGUCCCGGCUGUGUUUCCUGUGGUGGAAUCUUCUGCUUUCUACUUUUUAUUCCUGUUGGCAUGUGAAGGCGCACUAAAGACUGUCCGGUUUUGUCUUGGAAGGAUCCAAAUAAAUAUUGUCUUGUUGCCAA